ACAUAACCCAGCUACAAAGUCAGAUUCCAAAGAGACCGUCUAAAUUGGCUACAAACAAAUUAGCAUUUUGGUCUUAAUUUAAGGUUAGGCAUAAUGUUAACAGUGUGCUUGAAAAUCAGAUUUUAAGAUCAAUUUUAGAAAUGGGCGGAGUUUAUCCAUAAUUAUGACUUUGUGGUUGUGUUAACUAGUGACGAUCCCAGUUUAUCGACUCGAGAUUAGCAGCAGAAACUGAAAAUGUCGGAUCCCACGGUUGCAGACACUCGCCGAUUAAACUCUAAACCGCAGGAUCUUACAGAUGCGUAUGGCCCCCCAAGCAAUUUUCUUGAAAUCGACGUUUAUGACCCACAAACUAUUGGAGUCGGCCGGAACCGAUUUACCACUUAUGAAGUGAGAAUGCAGACAAACCUUCCCAUCUUCAAACUUAAGGACUCUGUUGUGCGAAGAAGGUACAGUGAUUUUGAGUGGCUGAAGAAUGAGCUGGAGAGAGACAGUAAGAUUGUGGUGCCCCCUCUCCCUGGCAAAGCUUUGAAGAGACAGCUGCCCUUCCGAGGAGAUGAGGGCAUCUUUGAGGACUCCUUCAUUGAGGAGCGGAGGGUAGGCUUGGAACAGUUUAUCAACAGACUCGCAGGUCAUCCCCUGGCCCAGAAUGAGCGCUGUCUUCACAUGUUCCUUCAGGAUGAGUCCAUUGACCGGAACUACAUUCCUGGAAAAGUGUGAAUAAACAGCCCCAGAGAUGAAAAUGAUGUCUACUCAGCCCAUCUUCUCAACCCUACACCCCCUGGCUGUUUGGCUUUAUCACUAGAGCCCACGCUGUCUCUUCCAUAGGUGGCCCAUCCUCCAAGACAACUGCAUCUGCUGGAACUCUCUGUAAAUACUGUGUACAUAUAUACAUAUCUUAUUUGUAGUUGGUCUGGGGAAGCUCUGGGGGUAUUCACAUCCAGAGCAUUUAACUUGUAGCAGAAGCCUGAGGGUGGGGAAGGUGAAUUUAUAAAACGAUUGAGUUAGUAAGUUACCUUUAUGAAACAACAUGGUUUUUCGGGAGUUAAACUUGAGGCUUAUUAAGUAAGUAGGCGUUGGUAAUAAUUAUAACACUUAAUUUUUGGAAUGAGAAAAUAUUGUUUUAGUAACACAAGUUGGCUUCCUAACUCAUGAAUUCUGCUUGGUGAAAUAUAAUUGUGUACAUUUCUCAUGUGAAAAUGACAGUCUGCCAAAAAUAAUUUCCCCAUAGCAACCAGUUUCUCAGUUAGAGAUCGAUCUCCGAAGGGAAACCUGGCCAACCUGACUCACCAACACAAAGCAUUCUAUUACUUUCCAUUAAGAUGAUUUUUACAUUACUUGACAACUUAUUUACGAAUCUUGAUAGAGGAAUGAUUCCAUAGUGUAAUAGAAAAAAAUGGCAAGUAUCAGGAUCAAGUCUUGGGGACAAAUAUUCAUUCGUACCACCUCAAUGGUCAUCAAAGACUCCAUUGCACUUGAUGUAAUAGUAGGGAUCUUAACCCCAAUGUGUUGGGAAAACUCCCAACCUAGAUUCUCGCCACCGUGGUCACAAUCAUUUCCAACCUUUCUCCUCUACUGCAACACUAUUGUAGGUUGUUGUAAAUGAGAAUAUUUGAUAUCAACUUACCUGGUAAAAUAAAGCUCAAUCAAUAACAAGAAUGUCCAGCAGGAUACUUCUUUUGCUUACACUCGCAGAUACAGGGUUGUCUUAGAAGGAAAUAUUAUUCGGUAUUUAGGUGCUUCUGUUUAAUGUGUGGGUUGAGGCUCAUGCAGCCGGAAAUGUCUGUAAUCAAGCACCAAAGACAGUUUCUGCUUCAUUGUGAUAUGUUUCCUGAAACAUCCUCGGCCUCACCUCAACUAAACUGAUGGCUAGUUGCCAACCAUUUCAUUGGUGUUUUAUGUUCAUGUGUUUUUGACCAUUCAAAUACAUAAAGGCUGUUUUUUUUCUGAUUUAAAUUUGUUGACCACAAUGUACUGUUAGUUUAUUAAACCACUGAAAAUCUA